CAACAGUCAACUGUGCAACCUUACGUAGAUCUUCGUAGCCGUUAUUUACUAGCGUGUUUAUAACGUGAAAAUUCUAUUGACAAGUAAAAACCUAAUUAUUUCCCGCAUUUUCUGAAAAGUGGAAAGUCUCAUACAAAUAAUGUGAUAUCUGUGACACCUUACAAAUGCAUCAUUACGAAAAUACAAGCUCAUUUAAUAAAUAUCUAGAGACGUUCAUCAUUUGAUGAAAAUGGCGAAGUUGAACCAAUUUUAACAAAAUACAGCAAAAUGUGUUGAUAAAACGUAAAAAUAACAUCAUGGAACUCGAUAGUAUUACUAGAUAGGCCGUAUGGAACACGUUUAUAUUGCCUGGAAUUCUUCAAGGACUGAAGUUUUUAUAGAACGUUUCAAAAUGUUUGAGUGAGGAGUACUUUUGAGUUUAACUUUUAAAAAUGUCAAGGGGAUAUGGGAAGUAUCGUCGUGGAGGAAGUUCCCAUGCAAGUUUCCAUUUUGAUAAUUUAUUUAAGGAAAAUGCUAACAAACCAUCUGCUGCAAGGUCUGCUGCUACCGUGGGCAAAUGGGGGAUCACUUCCUUUACUUCAAUACGUACCAGCAAUGGUUUAUCUCGUUCAGAAAAUGAAAAAAACACCUCAUCCGAAGGAGAGUCCGUUCCGAAACCGAAGAAGUUCUUCAAAAGUCGCAACACUGAGCCUCCUGACUUAUCUUCAUCCUACAAAACCACCGCCGACAUGACAUACGGCAACGUAACAAAAAAACUGAAAAUAGUAAACGAACCGGCGGAGAAAUCUCCACCAAAAAGUGUAGGUCGUAAAUUUUUUUCAUCAAAGAGCAACUCGCCUGAAAAGACUGUAUUAAGUUCAAAUGUAAAUAAUUCUAAACGAAACGAAACAAAACCUCCAAUAGUUUUAAGGAUAUGUAAAGGAAAAUCUCAAUUAGUGAAUGAUUCGGACGAGUCGGAAAGCACACCCACACCAUCCAGUACUCCAUCUACAUCAAACGCAACCUCUCCAAGGGCUCUCAGGGAUACAGCACAAAGGUCACCAAAUUGUCGCAUCACGAGAUCGGCGAGAAGAAGCAUGCAGCAGGACCCGAGUAGUAGUCCUGCAACAGCGGACACUCCGACUGAAUUUUCGCUUUUUACUUCACCCAAACAAGAUAUUGAACUAUCUCCUCAAUAUAUUCCAGCAGAGAAAUAUGAAAUGGAAAGAAAAGCGAUGUACGAUAAUUUACUUAAACCAAAUUCGCCUUCGCAACUGUUUCCAGAGGACAAGAAUACUACGAUAGAAGACUCGGGAAUUGACUAUAUAGAUAAUGAAAUUAGUGCCGAGAAAGAUGUGGAAGAAAAUGGUGAAAACGAACAAAUUGAAGAUCCAGUUGAAGAAACUAAACCGAGUGAAAGUGUCGAGCCUAGUGAUGAAGAAAAAACCCAAGAUACCAACAUUAAGGAUCCGAUUGAGGAAAUCAAACCAUCAGUGGAAGAACCAAUAACAAAAGGUUCAAUAGAAGAGGAAUGGGACACCGACGAGGACAGCAAUAGUACCACGCCUGAUUCAGAAAUGAAAACUAACGUAACUGAAGAUUCGGAACCUCUCCCAGCUCUACCUGAAGAACAGAAAGAGAAAACCACGGAAGAAAGUGCAUCUGAAACAAGCCCUCCCGUCAAAUUAGUUAUUUCAAAAAAGAAAGGAAGUAUUUUUAAAAGUAGACCUUUAGUUACGGACGUGACGAAAAAACGACGCGCGUUGUAUAAACACAAGUGGAGUGACGACAAAGACGCCACGCAAAAAUCGAACGAAAACGCAAGUAGCAAUAAUACGAGUGGUUCAGUCUACGAUGAGUUCAGUUUUAAUGAUGAUCCUUUGACAAGGGUAACGGUCGGUGGUAACAGCGAUGGAGAGGACGAAAGUGUGACAAGUAUCAAGUGUACCAAGAGUGAUAAAGGGUUUUAUACAGUGGUGCGCAACGUGAAGAAAGCCCACCAAAUCCAAGAAAUUGGCGAAUUUCAGGAAUUCAACGACGACGUUGAGUACAUCCUCGAUGCCUUGCAGGAUAAUAAUCCUAUAAGCACUCGCUGUUUAUCGGCCAUUACUCUAGCUUCUAAAUGUAUGGUGCCUGCAUUCCGGAUGCACGUCCGCGCUCACGGAACCGUAGCUAAAUUUUUCAAGGCACUACAUGACGCCACCAAAGAUCAAAGCCUUGGUUUGUGUACGGCGACUGUGAUGUUUGUCUUGAGCCAAGACCGGCUUAAUAUGGACCUAGACCGCGAUUGCCUCGAACUUAUGUUAAAUCUUCUCGAAUCGGACGUUAGCUACCAGCAAGCACUUGACGUUUGCGGGUUGAGUUCGGCUCAGUUAGAGAAAAAUAAACAAAAAGUUAGGGAGUUGUGUGCUGAGAUACAAAGUCAAGGACAUGCUAUGCAUCUGAAUCUCGAUAACAUAACUGUGGGUCAAUUAGCCAUGGAGACGCUUUUGAGUCUGACGUCGAAAAGAGCGGGAGAGUGGUUUAAGGAGGAACUCCGGGAGUUGGGGGGUUUGGAGCAUAUUAUGAAAACGAUAUGCGAGUGCUGUAGGCAGGUGUCUGAUUAUGUCGUCUCAUGGACGGAUGCCUUGUUAGAUAAACUUCGAAAGGUUGAUAGAUGUUUACGUGUGUUGGAAAAUGUUACUCAUAAUAAUGAAGAAAAUCAAACGUACCUGUUAAAAUAUAAUGAUGGAGUAAUUUUAGAUACGCUCGUUAAUUUGUAUAAAUUAUGUGAUGGUGAAAUACCUCUGUAUCCAGUGACUGAUAUAACCGAUAAGGAAUCUACUGGGACUAUAAUAAGAGAAGCUCUUCUCGUAACUUUGAAAGUAUUAAUUAAUUUAACUCACCACUUUAGUAAACAAUCCAUGGGGAGUACAUUGAUAGGUUCUAGAAAUGGCAUUAUUGAAACAAGUCUGCAUCUUCUUCUUCAAGUUCCACAUUAUAUCCCUGAACAAAAGAAAUUUGAAUUGGGAGUUUUGGUUCUCAUGCUGUUGAUUAACCUCAUUCAAGAUAACGACAACAACAAGAAGCUAUUAAUGGAAGCUAAGGCACCAUCAAAAUUAGAAAGUAUAUAUUCAAGAGAAGAAAGUGCAGUUGAGGCUUUGAUUGCCCAAUUUUAUCACUGGGAAGGGUGUGCAAAAAUUGCAGAGAAAAGGACAAACGCCAUAUUGGAUGGUGAAAAGGAUGAGAAUAGUGGUAACGUCGCAUAUAAAUCAAACGAGGAAUUUAUUGAAGAAACUGUUGCAAAAUUACUACAAAAAGCUGGCACACAUAUGGAAUACACAUUCCUGGCUUCUUACAUUGUUAUGUUGAUUGGUUUUCUAAUAAUGGACAACAAAGAAUAUCAAAAUAAUGUCCGACAAUUUCUCCGUGGGAACAAUUUUGCCGAUAUGGUAGAACUCUUGAAGAAGUUCUUUAAUUUUAUGAAUUUAACAGCGUCGACGGAAGCGUCAAGCGUUUGCGCAAUUAAAGCCACCGAAAAAGUAAUCAAGUUUUUGGAAGAAUGUGACAGUCCGCCACCUGAAGAAAAACAGAGUUAUACAGAGUGCAUGGAUCUUAGUUACACAAUGGCACACUAGCAUUUAAAUAUUGUAAAGAAUCAAUUUUGGUAAAUCGUAAGAACGUUUUUAAAGUGGUGAUUGACUAUAAGAAAAAAAGCACCAUCAUUUCUCUAGUACUUACAGUUUACUGAAAUCACAAAAGUAGAAAAAAUACAAAAAAAUAGUCAUAUUGAUAGUUGACCUAGAUUACUGAACUGAUACAUUUCAUACUUUACUACCUAAUUUUUGUUGUUAGUAUUAUUUAGUUUUAAGCCUUUCAAUUUUAACGUAAGGUUCAGUAAAUCGUUUUAUAUUUUAUCGUGGCGAUUUUACAUUUUAGUUCAAGUGUAUAUAAUUACCUACUGUAUAUGAAUAUUAUUAUUUAUUUCAUGAUUACUUGUAAAAUUACAAUGUUAUUUGGAUUGUUUAAAUAUAAUGUAAAUAAUAAAUACCGAUACUUUUUAAAGUUUUA